GCCCUCACCCUUCAACUCUAUAUAAAACCCACCAGCUCUCCCCCUAGUGUAACCCACCCUAUUCACAGUCCAGUUAGGCUCUGCCACCUCUCUCUCUCUUUCUGAUUCUCUCUUAUACUCUUCUGUCACCAUGCAACUUUUCUUCUCGUUGCCAGCCUCACCACCCCAAACUUUUCUUGCGACCUUUACAACCUUCCGUCAUUGUCCGGUGCGCUUUCUGAGUACACUAAUUCUAUUGUUUUCUUUGUUCCUCUUGUUGUUGGUGGUGGUGCUGCUGUUGUUGUCGAUUCAUCAAUGGCGACACUCCAAGGACAGACGUCUGCCACCUGGUUCCAUGGGUUGGCCUUAUAUUGGCGAGACUCUCAAGAUUUACACUGAGAAUCCGAACUCUUUCUUUGCCAACCGGCAAAAAAGGUAUGGAGAUAUAUUCAAAACUCACAUAUUGGGAUGCCCCUGUGUGAUGAUUUCAAGCCCUGAGGCAGCGAGGAUUGUUCUAGUGACACAGGCUCAUCUUUUUAAGCCAACUUAUCCACCAAGCAAAGAGAAGAUGAUAGGACCUGAGGCUCUAUUCUUUCAUCAAGGUGCCUAUCAUUCAAGGCUGAAGAAGUUGGUCCAGUCCUCUUUUUUACCCUCUGCAAUUAGAGGGUCAGUUUCAGAGAUCGAGCAGAUUGUUUUGAAAUUUCUACCGACUUGGGAGAAUACCACUAUUAACACUUUGCAAGAAAUGAAGAGAUAUGCUUUUGAUGUGGCAAUGAUUUCUGCCCUUGGCCACAAACAAGACUCAGAAAUUAAAGGAAUCAAGCAUCUGUAUCAAUGCCUGGAGAAGGGUUACAAUUCUAUGCCUUUAGAUCUUCCAGGAACUCCUUUCCGUAAAGCAAUGAAGGCACGGAAGCUUCUGAACGAGACCCUGACAAGACUGAUACAAGGUAGAAGAAAAAAUGAGCAACAAGGCGGAGGAUUGCUGGGAGUUCUGUUGGGGUCCAAAAACCAGAAGGUCGAUCAACUGAGUGAUUCUCAGAUUGCUGAUAACGUGAUUGGAGUGAUCUUUGCUGCUCAUGACACCACUGCAAGCGUCCUAACAUGGGUUUUAAAGUAUUUGCAUGACAACAGAGAUUUACUAGAAGCUGUCACAAGAGAACAGGAAGGCAUUCAGCAGGAAGUAAUUGAAGCAAAUCGCAGGCUUACGUGGGAUGAUACAAGGCACAUGCCAUUGACUACCAGGGUGAUUCAAGAGACACUAAGAACAGCAAGCAUACUAUCAUUCACGUUUAGAGAAGCAGUGCAAGAUGUUGAGUUUGAAGGCUACUAUAUCCCCAAAGGUUGGAAGGUUCUGCCUCUCUUCAGAAGCAUCCAUCAUUGCGCAGAUUUCUUCCCUCACCCGGAAAAAUUUGACCCUUCAAGAUUCGAGGUGCCACCGAGACCAAACACGUUCAUGCCGUUUGGCAAUGGAGUUCACUCUUGUCCUGGCAGUGAGCUGGCUAAGCUUGAGAUGCUGGUGCUCCUCCACCAUCUCACCAUCGGCUACAGGUGGCAAGUUAUGGGAGAUAAGGAUGGAAUCCAAUAUGGUCCUUUCCCAGUGCCCAUACGGGGCUUACCUGUAAAGGUCACCCCCAGAAAAAUAAAGGCGGCAUGAACAAUAGGAUCUUCAAUGAAGAUUGAAACUUUGUUCCUGGGGCCAAAAGCAAGUUACACUUGAGCUUUCCUCUUUUUCCCUUUCUUCUUCCUUCUUAGUUGCUAAUUUUGUCUUUGGGAAUCUUUUGUAAUUGCUGGGUUUUUGUCCUGGGUUGUUCGUGGUAAAAGUAAAUGUUGUGUAUAAAAG